AUGUUACUUUCUUUAAAUAUUUUUUAUUUUUUAUUUUUUAUACUUAUAUUUUUUUUUGUGAAAUAUUUUCCUGGUGAAUGGAGCUUUAUGACCGAUAAUGAACAGAGACCUUUAUACGUAAUUAAAUUAGGGACGAUGGAUGUUAAAGGAUUAUUGAAAUCAAUUGGAGAGGAUGGAUUGUUGAAAUUAACUUUAUAUAUUUGCGAACAAGGCCUAAAGAAGAUGGAGGAAUUGACAAAGAAACACGGGAAGCCUAUUUGGCAAUGGUGCCUACUAGUUGAUUGUAUGAAUUUAUCAAUGAGACACAUGUGGAGGCCAGGGUUGGCAACAUUUUUACGCAUUAUUGAGGUGGUGGAGAAAAACUAUCCAGAAACAAUGGGAAGGGUUUUAAUAGUGCGUGCGCCACGAGUAUUUCCAAUUUUAUGGACAAUCGUAUCAGCCUUUAUUGACGAGAAUACACGAAAUAAAUUUUUAUUCUUUGAAGACACGGAACAUGGGUUGGAUCAUUUCAUUCCAGAAAUGUCAAGUGACUUUCUGACAGCUUCUGAUAAGACGUUGAUCCAUAAUGGUGGCGUUAUUCCCAAGCAACUUUAUAAAAUGGAUUCAAUUGAUGAACCGGAUCAUGGUAAUAUUGAUAGAGAAUCAGAUGGCAGUGACUUGACAAAAACGAAAAUUAAAUUGAAUGAGCAUAGUAUAUAUCAAAAUGUGAAGCUACAGCCUGGACAAUAUUAUGAGAUUGUCAUAAAAAAUGACGAUAAUCGAGCCGUGCUUACUUGGGAUUACGAGUCUUUGAAAUCUGAGAUGUUAUUUACCAUUUAUGAGACAACAGAUGCUGACAUCAAUGAUUUCACAAAUGAUGACGAUUUCACAUCAAUUUUCGACGCAGCUGGAAUGAAGGAAAACGUCAAUUACAAGAUAAAGGAACGAACAAUAACAAGUCGAGCAAAAGAGUCAAUUCAAGGUUCAAUUGAAAUGGAGAAAGCAACGUAUGUGAUGCAAUUUACAAAUCCAACAACAUCAGAUAUGUCUACGCGACUUUUGUACUUUUAUGAAAUAUUAAGUUCGGCUAAUUAUCGUGGAUCGAUGACAAGUCUACAAUCGGGACUUUCGGCUAUUAGUCUACAUUCCAGAUGA